AUGUCAUUCCCCAAUUUAGUUGAUAACAAUGCAGCUUCUGCUUUAGGUGAAGUAGCUAGCUUUUUUAUUAUUAUUCAGCAAAUUUAUGUAUUUUUUUCGUCAUCUCCUACUCGGUGGGACAUUUUAAAGCAGCAUGUGAAAAUUACCUUAAAACCAGUUUGUUCUACUAAAUGGGAAAGUAGAUUUUCUGCUAUUAUUCCUUUGAGAUUUCAACUUGAACAUAUUUAUGAUGCUGCAAUCAAUAUCCAUUUAGAUGAAAAUUGGGACAAUCAAACGAAACAUGAAGCCCAGUCAUUAGCAAAAAAAGUUUCUUGUUUUAAAUUUAUUUGUAGCCUGAUUGUGUGGUACAACAUUUUAUCAAAAUUAAAUAUUGUAUCAAAAAUAAUGCAGUCUCCAAAUAUAAAUUUAUUAAAUUGCAAUAAUGCUUUGAAAGAAGUUUUGGUUUUUUUAAACAAUUACCGUCAGGAUGAAACCUUUGUAAAAGUCGUCGAUGAAGCAAAGAAAAUAGCCGAAGUUCUUAUGAUUGAUAGUAAAUUCCCAGAUGUUUCAACGAUUCAAAUUCGUAAAAUGAAAGGCCAUUUUGAUUACGAAUCCAAUGACCUGCCUAUUAUAGAUUCACAAUAA